AUGGACAAAGUCCACAACAUCCGUAACAUGUCUGUUAUUGCUCACGUUGAUCACGGCAAAUCCACAUUGACGGACUCCUUGGUCGCGGCGGCGGGUAUUAUCGCGCAAGAAAACGCCGGCGAUGCGCGUUUGACGGAUACUCGUCAAGACGAGCAAGAUCGUUGCAUCACGAUCAAAUCGACCGGCAUCUCUUUGUUUUACAAAGUUUCCGACGAAGAUUUGGCGCGCAUCCCGAAGGACGUCCCGAGAGACGGCAACGACUACUUGAUCAACCUGAUUGAUUCCCCGGGCCACGUUGAUUUCUCUUCUGAAGUUACUGCCGCUUUGCGCAUCACCGACGGCGCCUUGGUCGUCGUCGAUUGCGUGGAAGGCGUUUGCGUGCAAACGGAAACUGUGUUGAGACAAGCGUUGGGCGAGCGUAUUAAACCGGUAAUGACGGUGAAUAAGCUCGACAGAUGCUUUUUGGAACUCAUGUUGGAUGGCGAAGAAGCGUACCAAAACUUUUGCAGAGUUAUCGAAAACGCGAACAUCGUCAUGGCGACGUACACCGAUGAAGCCUUGGGCGAUGUUUGCGUCUCUCCGGAGAAGGGUACCGUCUGCUUUUCCGCUGGUUUACACAACUGGGCGUUUACGUUGACCGUCUUCGCCAAGAUGUACGCCGCGAAGUUUGGCAUCGAGCAAGAGCGCAUGAUGGGCAAGCUCUGGGGCGACAACUUCUUCGACCCGAAGGAGAAGAAGUGGACAAACAAGCACACCGGCGCCAAGACUUGCAUGAGAGCCUUCGUCCAGUUUUGCUACGAGCCGAUCAGACGCGUCAUUGAUGCCGCCAUGAACGACAAGAAGGACGUAUUGUUCCCGAUGCUUGAAAAGUUGCAAGUCAAGGACAAGUUGAAGCCGCAAGACUUGGACUUGAUGGGUAAACCGCUCAUGAAGAGAGUCAUGCAAACGUGGUUGCCGGCCGACGUUGCGUUGCUUGAGAUGAUUAUCUACUACUUGCCGUCGCCUGCGACUGCUCAAAAGUACCGCGCGGACACUUUGUACGAAGGCCCGCUCGACGACAAAUACGCCGAAGGUAUCCGCACUUGCGACUCCAAGGGUCCGCUCAUGUUGUACAUCUCCAAGAUGAUUCCGACUGCUGAUAAGGGUCGAUUCUUGGCGUUCGGCCGUGUUUUCUCCGGUACCGUCAGAACGGGCCAAAAGGUUCGAAUCUUGGGUCCGCACUACGUCCCGGGUGAGAAGAAAGAUUUGUACGUCAAGUCUAUCCAAAGAACGGUCUUGUGCAUGGGUCGUCGUCAAGAUUCUAUCGAUGAUGUUCCGGCUGGUAACACCGUCGCGUGCGUUGGUUUGGAUCAAUUCAUCCAAAAGAACGCCACGAUUACGGAUGAAGCCGAAGUUGAAGCGCACACCAUCAAGGCUAUGAAGUUCUCCGUCUCCCCGGUCGUCCGCGUCGCGGUUGAAUGCAAGAACUCUCAAGAUUUACCGAAAUUGGUCGAAGGCUUGAAGAGAUUGUCCAAGUCUGACCCGAUGGUCCAGUGCUCGAUCGAAGAGUCGGGCGAACACAUUGUUGCUGGCGCCGGUGAAUUGCACUUGGAAAUUUGCUUGAAGGAUUUGCAAGAAGAUUUCAUGGGCGGCGCGGAGAUUCGCAUCUCCGAUCCGGUUGUUUCCUUCAGAGAAACGGUUUUGGGCACCUCCGACCACAUGGUCAUGUCCAAGUCCCCGAACAAGCACAACCGCUUGUACUUCCAAGCUACGCCUUUGGAAGACGGAUUAUCCGAGGCUAUUGACAACGGAGACGUGACGCCGAGAGAUGAAGUCAAGGCGAGAGGUCGCCUCUUAGCGGAAAAGUUCAACUGGGAUAAAGAUUUGUCCAAGAAGAUCUGGUGCUUUGGUCCGGACACCACUGGUCCGAACUUGAUCGUCGACAUGUGUAAAGGGGUUCAGUACGUGAACGAAAUUAAGGAUUCGUGCGUCGCUGCCUUCCAAUGGGCGACGAAAGAAGGUGUGAUGGCUGAAGAAAACAUGCGCGGCAUCAAGUUUGAAAUUCACGACGUCGUCUUGCACGCGGAUGCCAUCCACAGAGGUGGCGGCCAAAUCAUCCCGACGUGCCGUAGAGUCUUAUACGCUGCGUGUCUCACUGCGCAACCGCGCUUGUACGAGCCGGUCUAUUUGGUUGAAAUCCAAGCGCCGGAACAAGCGUUGGGUGGCAUCUACUCCACCGUUACGCAAAAGAGAGGUAUGGUCGUCGAAGAAACGCAACGCCCGGGUACGCCGAUUUACAACAUCAAGGCGUACUUGCCGGUCAUGGAAUCCUUCGGUUUCACCGGUACCUUGCGUGCCGCGACUGGUGGCCAAGCCUUCCCGCAGUGCGUGUUUGAUCACUGGGACAUGUUGGGUUCCGAUCCGCUCGACCCGACCACCCAAGCUGGUAAGAUCAUCGGCGACAUCCGUAAGAGAAAAGGUCUCAAGGACACCAUCCCGCCGUUGGGUGACUAUGAAGACAGACUCUAA